UUACAUUGGAGGUUGUGAAUUGAGAGGGAUUUGGUGAAAUUCAGUGGUCACGGUUCAAUCUCCAAAUACAUUCCGGCUGUUUCUGUCCGCCUUCACAUGAUAAUAAAAUUCACAGGGAAGUAAAAUACAAUAUAUUAAAUACAGAAAUGUUAAACAGUGUACUUCUAUGGAGCAUUAGAGGCGUUUUGUUUGCUAUAAACUAGCCAUGAACGUGUUCCAUUGUUUGCUAACCAGGCAAUUGCUAACUAGCUGAAAGCGUAGAGCUUUUCAUUAGCUGAAAAAAACACAAAUAAAGCGGCAUUACUUUUUUGACAAGUCAAGUGACUAGCGCAAAAUGCCGGAGAUAAAACUCAUGCACAUCGUGUCUUGCAGCACUGAAGACAAUACUCACAAGGCUGACAACCUGCUGAGCUCGGACACAUAUAGAAAAUGGAAAGCAGCAAAGGCAGGGGAGAAACAAACCUCAGUCAUUAUACAGUUUGAGAAAGAAGAGCAGGUGUACAGCAUAGACAUAGGAAAUGAAGGGUCUGCUUUUAUUGAGGUGCUGGUGGGACACUCAACCUCUGUCAAAGACCAGGACUAUGAGGUUCUGCUGGUCACGUCGUCCUUCAUGUCCCCCACGGAGAGCCGUAACGGCACCAACACCAACCGUGUGCGCUUCUUUGGCCCUACCCAGCUGGUGAAGGCUCAGGCCCAGGAGAAGUGGGACCGCGUGAAGAUUGUGUGUAGCCAGCCGUACAACAAGAGCAUAGCAUACGGAGUGGCCUUCGUGAAGUUCCAUUCACCAUCAGAAAAAAGUGAUCUACCAACCACUACACCACCGAAGUUGACCAAGCUUGGCCAGUUUCGGGUGAAGGAUGAGGCCCCCUCGGCUUGCCCUAGUCUUCAGCCAGGCAGCCUCUUCUUCAACAGAGAGAGCACCUCCAAAGGCAGCCCAGCGCUCAAGGUUUCGCAACAGACUGAGAAGCUCAGCUAUGCAGCUGCCGCCCUGCAGUCUGGGUCUGGGUCUGGCCACUCCUCAGCCCCACCGUCCUCCAGCUCUCCCACACCACAGGCACCAGUGAAGAGGAAGUUUGAGUUCAGUAAAGAGCGCCGGUCUGCCCUCGCUCCGCCCCCCUCAAAGAAACCCAGCCCUAUGGGCUCCCCUGAACUGGGCACUACCACCCCAAAACCCAAGGUGAAACCCAGCACAGCCAGUACUCCCAGCCCCAGCACUGACAAAGCCUCCCCUGCCCAGAAUACCCCAGACACCAAGAAGAAGGAGAGCCUGCCCAAACCAGAAGCCAAGUCCAGACCCAAACCCUCCAAAGCCCAGUCCAGCUCCUCUGAGGCCCCUGUUCCCCUCAACAAGAUCAUGGAGGGGGUGGUAUUUGUGCUGAGCGGCUUCCAGAACCCCUUCCGGGGGGACCUGAGGGACAAGGCCCUGGCCAUGGGAGCCAAGUACCACUCUGACUGGACCCCUGACGCCACACACCUCAUCUGUGCCUUCUCCAACACCCCCAAGUACAUCCAGGUGAAGUCAGCAGGGGGCAUCAUCGUCCGGAAGGAGUGGGUGCUGGACUGUCACAAGAGGAAGCAGAAGAUCUCCUUCAAACAGUACCUGAUGGGUGGAGCGGAGUCCAGCUCAGAGGGGAGCGACGAUGAGGAGAGUGAGGAGGAAAAAGAGAGGAGGACUCCACAAAAGAGGAGAGAAGAAGAACGGCAACCCACUCCCAGAAAGACCCCCAUCAAGAAAGAGGAGGAGGAUUUGUAUGGUGGUUCCACAGACGCAGAUGAACCAGGAGAUGAGUCUGGCAUGGACACGGAGGAUGAGCUGAAGAGGGUAGAGAGCGAGAGUCGGCAGAAGAAAGGAGAGAAGGAUAGAAAAGGAGUGGAGGAGGAGGACCCUUUUGGAGGGUCGACUGACGAGAACACUGACGCUGAGGCCGAGGAGGACGAGCCCAUCCCUGAGCUACCAGAUUUCCUAACUGGAAAGCGAUUUUUCCUUUACGGCAAGUUCCCCAACAAUGACAGACGCCUACUCCUGCGUUACAUCAUCGCCUUCAACGGGGCGGUGGAGGACUACAUGAGUGAGAAGGUCCAGUUUGUUGUCACCAGUGAGGGAUGGCACGACUCCUUUGAAGACGCACUGAUGGAGAAUGGUAAUUUAAGCUUUGUCAAACCCACAUGGAUUUUUGCCAUCAACGAUCGACAGAAGACGCUGCCAUAUCAGCCCUACACUGUUGUCCCUUGAGACUUGCAUUUGCCAACGUGCUCACACACACAAACACACACACAACAGUAUUGUACCUGUCCAAAGGGUAGGAGAGGUGUACAUUGAAGCCAUAGACAUUAGCUCUUCUCAGAUCCCUAGGUAAAUGAAACCAAGCAACGUGCCAUUUUGGUACAAAUGCCUUAACUUUACUUGAGGCCAUCCAGAGAGAUGGAUGAAAUGGUUUCCCUACCAGAGAUGGAAAUCUUCAAAGACUUAUCAGUACUGGUGCACAAAAAUAACUCCCCUAUCUGUCUCGCUUUCAGGGCUUUUUAAAACAACAUAUCUCUGCUUCACCUCCACUACCUCAGGGUCCAUGUCGAAACUCCAGUUAUCAUGUCCUGAAAAGCCACUGGCUUUGAUAGAGGGGAGUGUAUGAGUGUUAGGAGCAACAUAAAGAGACCUAGGUGUAGCCGGAAUGGCACCCUAUUCUCUAUAAAGAGCCCUAUGGGCCCUUGUCAAAAGUAGUGCACUACAUAGGGAAUAGGGUGCCGUUUACAGGCGUAAAGGUGUUUGUUAGUUAUUUAAGGUCACUGACAAUCGAGGCCAAUGACCACGAAAUAUGAAUAGAAAAGAAGGCCUUUGUCCUUGUUGCUGUGUAGGAAUAUGAAAUAGGCUUCAAGGUUUGGUUGGUAUUCCUCUCAUCUUGCAUCUUGCAAGUCCGCUUUGGGCAAAUGCAUGGGAUUGUAGUGUAAUUUGUAGCAUGUAGAAUUACGUGUACAUUUGUUUUAUUCAUGUUGUAUGCUUUUUGAAUUGUAAACCGAAACUAUUGUGUGAGGAUCCAAUAAGUCCCGUUUUUGCUUGUUUUUUUUGUAGGUAUGUGUGAUGUGUUCAUCAUCCUUAUUUUUCCUGUCUGGAUUCGACUUGUUUAUUACAGCAUCUUAGCUUUGCUUUCAGAUUCUCCCUCCCCCCCCAAAUAAAUAUUUGAUUAAUUAAAAUAAUGGAUUUUUAAAUGCUGUUUCCAUCCCUCCAUUCUCUAUCAUCUCGCACCCCUCCCCCCCUCUAAUUCAGUUCUACCCAUGUUUCCCUCCCCUGGGCGUCUGGGUCCUCUGCUCUCCAGUCAAGGGCAUUAGGGUAAUGGAAGAAGAGCGAGGGAGGAGAGGAGAGAAAUGAAGAUAAAAUGUUUGAAUUCUCUGCCAUGAUUAUUUUGAAUGGAAAUCAUUUUCAGACUUUUCAGAUUUUUUGUUGUUGUUGAAAUGUCAGUGGUGUGAGAUGAAUGCAUACAGUUUUAAACAUUCAUUACCUGACCUGACACAACAUACUCAACAUUGUUAAAGUUGAAAUGCCUUUUUUUUUUUUUUU